UAAGUUCUUUCUCCAUGAGUAGACAUUUCACUCUCCGUAAAACCUUAUCCAUAUAAUGUGGGAUAGCCAUUUCUUGGUUAAAAUUCACCAACUUUAUGGACUAAAAACAACACUUCAAUUUCCUACAAUAUGAAGUGCAUUUGCCUUCACUCUCCAAUCUUACUGAAACUUCCAAGCAACAAAGUCAUAUGCCAAUACCAUAAAUCAAAGCUACUGGAGCAGCAACAGCACUAUAAAGCUAAAUUAGCUACUUGUUUUAUAAUUAAGGGAAAAAGGACUCUGUUAAUUGCUCCACUUAAGGCUAUUAACUCACCUGCUGCUUCCGGAGACUUGUCAGUUUUGUUACAGACAGGUGCAGUAAUGCUAUUUAUGUAUUGGAUUGCCAACUUUGUGGUGCCGGGGAUCGUCUUAAAGGAUCUUCAAGAUGACAGUACCACCAACAAUAACAAGGCUGAUGAAAAAGAUCUUCUAUGACCAAAUGAAC